UUCACCUUUUCGCUUUUAGACCAUUUUACGGCACCGACCUUGGUUUCCUCUCGCAAAAUCGUCGACCGUCUGCGUCAAACCUACAAGUUAGCCGUGGUGUAUAUUGGGCCAGGUCAAGAAGACAAGCGUUCGAUACUAUCUAACUCCCGUGGUUCUAUUGAAUUUGAACGAUUUGUUUCCUCCCUUGGUUGGGCAGUAAAACUUGCUACUCAUCAUGGUUUCAAAGGCGGCUUGCAAUAUCCGGAAGAUGGAGAUAUUGCCACAUACUUUGCUAAUCCUUCCGUUGAAGCCAUCUUCCAUGUAGCUACACAGAUGCCUUCCUUCAAGCACCUUGGCAACGAUGAAGUGAUGAUAAUCUGGACUGAACAUUGGCGUGCCUUCCGAAGAAGUAUCCUACGAACAGAAUUCGGUGACGUUCUAAUCAUUAUUUCACCCCUUUCUAAUGGUUUAUUCCGCGUGGAGAUUCGAAAAGAACCGGAGAUUCCAUUCUUUGGUCCUCUUAUCGAUGGAAUGCUAGUCUCUGAAGAACACUUACCAUUUCUUGUUCGAGCGACAGCCAUCCAAGCUAGCAACGCCAAGAUAUUACAGACCGUCAGUCUCGCCUUAUACGGCCUUCAGGCUUUUCAACUGCCCUUCCCAAUGAUACAGAGCCUGUGCGAUCUCCAAAUGCUCCUCUAA